AUGGUCGAUGGAAACAACUCUGUCACAGCUAUCGAUUUGUAGCAUAAAAGUAUUUGGUUUAAGCCGUUUGGCACGGACUCGUAUGGCCUGUAAACUUUUCCUGUCAACUGUACCUUGCACUGCAAACAAUGGCUUUCCAAGGCUUUCAGUGUUCAAGUUCAUGAGGCCAUGAUAGAACAUUGGGAUCUACAGUAUUGCCACUCUUUCAAUUUUUGCAUUGCAGCCAUGCAUUUCACAACACAUGAAAGAUAUUCAUACUUUGUGAAGACAUACUUGAGGUAGCAGCCAAGAACAACAGUUGCAUCACCGAAAUGUAAUAAGCCUGCAAUCUUCUGAAAGCAGUGGGAUGGUCACAUGUUGCUGGCCAUAUAGGUGCUGAGGGAGCAUGCUGCAAGUCUGAGGGGUGCCCCUAUGUCUGAAGCCAUCCUGGGUCUGGAGUUUGGAAAGCCACAGGCCCCUCCAUCCAUGAAUGGGGGGGACAACCCUGACAACAAUGAAGAUCAAAGGCCAGAGGAGGCAGAUGAUGAGGAUGGUCCACCCCCGAACAAGCGCAGCAGGCAUAGAAAAACCGUCGGCUUUGACAGCGUCACUGUCUACUACUUUCAGCGCAUGCAAGGCUUCACAUGUGUGCCCAGCCAGGGUGGAUCCACAUUGGGAAUGAGCCCCCUGCACGUGGAGAAACGCACAUUCAGUUUGCAGCAGCAUGCCCACGAGCGCCGCAGGCUGCAGUUUGGCGAGGUUGACUGUAGCAACACAUCGUCCUCUAGCUCUCUGUCUCCAGAUGAUGCUGCUGGGUCUUCAGCCGGGGAUGGUGGCAAUGCAUACCAGGGUGGCAGUUCCACUCUAGGAGCUGGCGAGGACACUCCAGAGGAAGACGAUGGCGAUGAUGACGAUGGGGAGACGCUGAGUUACUUGCAGCCUGUACCGACACGUCAGCGGAGGGCACUGCUGCGUGCCAGCGGGGUGCGCAAGAUUGAUGCAUUGGAAAAGGAGGAGUGCCGUGACAUCCGGGCAUCACGGGAGUUCUGUGGCUGUGCCUGCAAGGGUCGUUGCUUGCCAGAAACCUGCUCCUGCUCCAUUGCAGGCAUCUCCUGUCAGGUGGACCGGCUUUCGUUCCCAUGCGGCUGCACCCAGGAGGGCUGUGGCAACACUUCAGGCCGUACUGAGUUCAAUCCAGUACGAGUGCGUGCCCACUUCGUGCACACGCUCAUGCGGCUUGAAUUUGAAAAGCAGCAGGCAGCGGGCAACCUGGCCGCUUACCAAUGUGUCGACCCACACCGGCUGAUCUACUACAAUGCAGCUGCAACGGCGGCUGCAACUGUGAAUGGGACUGCAGCACCUGGUGGCAUGGCUCUUCCUGCUGCAGCAUGCCAUUACAGCUCAGAAGAGGAAGACGAAGAUGACAGUUCUUACUCGGAGAACUCCGACUACUCUACCGAGGAGGAGGAGGGCGAUGGUACUGAUCUGGCUGAUGGCAGGCCUAGCUCUCCACACCGGGACUACACGGACCUCAGCUGUGCAGUGGCCAGGGGAGGUGGAAGCCCCGCACUGGCAUCGCGCGGUGUCGUGCCGGUGGACCCUGUGUUUGUGGGUUGUGGAGACUGUGCCACUGAUGGACUGCUGGUGUCCCCAGCAGAAGGGUCUCAGGCAGCCUCUUCAACAUCAACCACUGAGGAGGGGUCCUCGUCAACAGCAACUACGGACAGUACAUUUGGCGAGAUUAUCAAGGCGUCACUGGGCGAAGUGGCCACCUUGUGAAAGACGCCAGGACACUUUUCCCGUGUGAGUGCGGGAGGACCACCACGUGAUUCCCCAUUGAGUCUUCAGAAACUGGGUGUGCUGGACUUGCCAUUCGCAUGCAGCUUACAGUGCCCAUUUACCUCAGGCACGCCCAUGAACAUUUCUUUUGUUUUCCUGUUUUUGUUUUCCUUAGUGUUUGUGUGGCUUUCCCUAAUUACAUCCUUAUGGUCUAGAAACCGUAUCUGCCUUUGGCAGUAGUCAGUCAAUAGCUUUUUGUCCAGCAAAUGUGCAAGUUGUAUGUGAGAGGUCUGUGUGCCAAGUACAUGCAUUAUAUGGUGUAGUAUAGUUCAUGUACUUGCAUGUUCAGUGCAUGUCUGUAGAGUGUGCACAGUAUAUAUUAUACUGUGCACAUUGUGGAGUAUACAGGGUGCAAGGAAUGGUGCGUAGGUGCUUAAAAGAAAGCCACCCAGUAUGGAAAGUCAGAGAGUGACGCACAGGCAGCGAUGCUGUGCCAUUUUUUUGUUUCUUCCAUAAUGCCCGCAGAUGCAGCAAUCACAAACGGUUUUCACAAAGAGCAGGAUGGUCAUUUGUGGUAUCGAAUGCGGCUAGCAUGUACGCCUCUGGCAUUACUCACUGCCAAUGCUGUGAGCAGAGUGGGCUUAGUAGCAUAAGUCUGAAAGCUUGUGAUGGCAAUGACUGCAGCUCAAUCCUCUUGGCGUAAAAAUUGAUCUCUGUCAUGCUAGCUAGCAUGUCUUGGCAGUCAUAACUGGUGUUACAGUAAUGGAACUCUCUUGGACAUCACGGUAGUCGCAAAGAGAUGCUGAACUUGCCUUCGAGAACAAGUGAAGUUGUUCGGGAAAAGGCAGGUGCCAGGGAACAUUGUUGUGGGGGUGGUUUCUUUCCAGCAUGCCACAGUUGUUAAAAAGUUAAGUAAAUUUAUGCGUGGAAGGGCUUAUUAAUCACAAGUAGCGGAAAGAUAACAUAUAGCUAGGGUUCAUAGUUCUCAAUGUGUUGUUUGUUGGAUGUUUGGCGUACCUUAUUUUUAAUUUGAAAGAACAAUUUUCAGUUUUUGUUUUCUUCAGUGACUAGUACUUUAAUUUUCAUCAAAGCUUACCUUUUCUUUUUUGCAGCUGUUGAUGUUUCCAGAUUGGUAUUGCUGCAAUAUUUGCCACCACAUAUUUAACAGUACCUGGUUUCUUUUUUUUUUUUGUUCAAGUGAGUGGGAAAAUGUCUUAAUUUGUAAAUGUGCCACAAAAAGUGUAUUGUUGUGUACAGAUGUGCACAGACAGGUGUUCUUUAAAACAGUUUUUUACACCUCGUAGAAAUUUCUUUUGUGGUUUUUGGUCCAACUGAAAACUGAACCCUAACUGUAGUAGCAAUACUCGCUGUACUGCAGUACACGCUAGGUAUGGGUACCUCAUGAAUGAUAUACAGAGAAAUUAACUCCUCCAUCACACUGUGUCAAUCUUCAACGCAUGAAAGGCUUUCCAACGACGUCCCAUAAAAACAUGUACUUAGUGCCAGGAAAGAAAAAAAAAAUCAAAUUUGUGCCUGUCCGUCAGUGGAAGUGAUUAGAGUUGCCCUGGACCAUAGUUUUCCAGAACUACUUUAGGAAGGCAGCAUUGAAUUUUCGGAUGUUUUUGGUUCGUGGAGAUAGAAAGUAUCACAAAUCGACCAAUGCUUGCUGCCAAGCAUCUGAUAACCCUGCUAUUAGACUGCAGCUUGCAACAUCAUCGAUUGCUUUUGUUUGUUGUGGCCUACACUGUGCAGACUGUUUCUCUUCCUUACUGUGUCAUCAUAUUACAGUGCACAUAGUCAAUGCAGUACAGCUUCCUUUUUUGCCAUUAAUGCUGUCUGCAUCUGUGUGCUAACAGCAGUUUUGCUACUAAUGCUAUGCACAUCUAAGCACACAUUACUGAAGAAAGGAAGUGCAUGUAAGACGGUGGUUAUUGUCAUGACACGAGAGUUCAUCCACUAAGGGCGCAAAAUUUUUUUAGAAAAUAUUCCCCAGCUCAGUCUUUUGUGUGAGAGUCAUAGUUAAGGGGACCGAGAGUACUGCAGUUCAGUGGCAGUAAUAAUGGUGGGAAGGGAGCAUGGGUGCAAGUUCUGUGCAUACUUGCGCCAUUUUGCAGGUCAAGAAUUCAAGCGCACAAAUCACAGGCAACCUCAGCCUUGUGUGCAAUUGUUUGACUGUUGUUCUAGCUGGACAUCACUAAGGCGUAACUAUGGUGGCGAUGCCCACAUAUGUGUUGUCAAAGCUUGACUUGGAGAGAAGUCAUUUCAUGCUUCAUACCUACCCUUGACUAUGUGGCAAUCUGCUGAUUUUUUUCCCUUUUCUUUUGUGUCUGUGGUGUUUCAUGCUCAAGAAUGCUCCAAUGUCAAACAUGCCAGUCAUAUUCUAUCAGACAAAAAUGCCUGGUAGUGCCAGGAAAACCGGAUUGACUUUUGCUAGUUCCUUACCAUUGUGAGUGUAGUCGGGGAUGCUCACAGAAUCGAGUGUUGUUCAGGGGAUGUACAGUUAACGCUCUUGGACGAGGGCUACUUUUUUGAGCAUUACUUUUGCGGAGUGCGUCGCUUCACAUGGAUAAGUAGUAACCUAGAAAACGAGUGAGUUUGUAAUGGCACCAUUAUGUUGUUGCCUUUAUCGUAAUUUUCUUGCUUUGCACACUUUUGCCAUCUAUUGUCAUGGAGACCACCUAAAGGUGCACAUUCUACCAAUGUGCCCUCAUUUUGCCAUCACAAUGUUACGUUCUCAAGAUGUGCUUGAGUGCAUGUGCUUUGUUAAUGCAGACUGACACAUCACCAAUGUGUCGUUAAGGAAACCUCUUGGCUGGCAACAGGGUUUCACUAGUACCAUUACAAUGGGUUUUAGUGAUGCCCUUGCAGUGGAGGCCAGUGCUGCUUACCGUAAUGUCGCAUAUUUGAUGCCUGUCAGAUGAGCACUGCCAACCCAUCAAGUCAAUCCUGCCCAUCUUUCAAUCCGGAAGCUUCCUGUAUGGCCACAGUCCUUUUGAAAAAUGUGCUUAUUCAGUUACAUUGAAACAGUAUAUUUCUAACUGAAAAAAAAAAAAUUCAAAUUAACUGCACACAGACCUGUUUAAAUUAAGAACAAUUAUGGGAGACCUCAAGCAAGUUCUCUAUACUGCUCAGAAGCUCUCAAACUAUAUUGUAACACGUUGAGCCUAAAAAUUAAUGGAUAUGAAGUUUUACAUUUAAUUGAACUAAUAAUGUCUGUGCAUGGAACAAUCAAAUCAGUAUAGGCACAGAGAAGGCUUUUCCCCCACUCGCAUCUGAAACAUUGAGAUGAUAACAGUGCAAAUCAAGUUGGUAGAGUGUACCAAUCUGUGCAGAUUAUUGUUUUGCUAAGAACAUUGCCUAAUUAGUGCAAUGUUCGGCACUUGAGCAUCAUGUAACUUUAACCCCCUCCCCCCUCAAUUCUUAGGACUGUAUUUCAAAAGGAAACUUUCACCUAGGCAUGCUUUAACCCUUGUUUUCUACCUCAGGCAUUGGCUGUUUGGAAGUAAGAAAAGGUUGCUUAGAUUUUGCAUAGUAGUAGUGUUAAUACAUAGCAUUUACAUAGACCACUAACUUGCCAUUUGUUGGCAUUUAUUAGUAUCCAUCUAAACCAUUUUCUGAAAGAACUGCAUUGUGUUACAGUAGGUUAAACGCAUAUGUUAUUAAUGAGAUGCUUUGUUGUUGUUGGUCAUGCUCUUUCUUUGUGUACGAGUGAUAGCAUGCAUGGAGCCUUUCAUUCUGAGGGCACAGCAUCCGUCCAUUAGCCACCAACUGUGUAGCAUGCCUUAGGGAAGGCCCACUAAGUGUCCCCUCAAACACAAACCUGCCAUAGGAAGGCCACACAUCCAAGUGGAAGCACCACAUAUUCACUGAAGGUGUGAGCAGACUCCGUUAUUCCAAGCAUUGAAACUAGCAGGCCAUAUUUUGCAACCCAUAUAGAUGUACAGUGUGGAUGUACCAAAGUGAAAGUGUAUAUAUAUUUGCUUCUUUGAGCUUUCCCAUGAAAUUUUAGUAAAAAUGAAAAAAAAAGAAAAUAUUGUAUUUGUAACAUGAAUUUGCAGCUCAGAAAGCCUGACACAAUCUUCAUUUGCCAGGAUUGGCAAGUAAUUUUUUUAUUCGGCAAGAAAAAAGAAAUAAAGAAGAGAAAAGUUCACAAUUCCUUUGCAACAAACUGAGCACUUGUUGAAGAGAUUCAGUGUGUUCACUAGGUUUGACGAACAGAAAGCAAGCAUUUGAGAUUCCCCAGUUUAGGGGAACAAUAGGGUUGGCAGUGCUGCAUCAAACGGCCUGUUAUUCCUACUCUCUCUCUCAUUUUUUCCCAUUAUGUGUUACCUCGUCUAUCUUUUCCGUAUCUUUACACCAUUGUCUGCCAUGUGGAAAGCUUGUUUCGUGACUUCAGUGGUGGUGUGUACACUGCUGGUACUUGAGCAAAACUGUGAUGAUGGGGCUCCUUUGUGUUGCACUUAGUUUGAGACUUCCAGGGCACACGAUAGAAGCCACUGGUUCAAAGUGAAGAGCCAUAUGAUACUGUCUUAUGCUGCACUGUGACCAAGCCCCUUCCCCCUCGUACACACAAAAAGGUCCCAAUGCUAUUGCAGGUAUUUGAUGUUUGUUUUCCAUUCAGGCUUGUGCGUUUUUUCUUUUUUUUCCAUAAUGACUCUGAAGGAAUUGCAGAGCGUUUAUUUUGAAUAUGUGUGCAAGCAGGUUCAGUACAGUGUCCUAAGUGCAGUGACGCUGCUUCUGUACGAUUCAUUGCAUUAAAGAUUGCAGAAGAGUUC